AUGGACGCCCCAUUUUUUUCCGAUAUAGACUUCAACACCACCUUUGUGGAUGAUCAUUUAUUAUACAAGGACAAUGUUGAUGGUUUUCGCAUCACCAUGGCUAUACUCUACUUGGUGGUCUGCAUCCUGGGACUCGCCGGGAACUCCCUCGUGGUUAUUGCCAUUUUGAAAUUGGACAAACUCUCAUCUUCCACCACGGUUUACAUCUUCAACCUGGCGCUCGCUGACGGACUCUUCAUGGUGGGUCUUCCCUUCAUAGCGAGCCAGAACUUCCAGAAUAAGUGGAUGUUUGGCGACAUAGCGUGCAAAGUGGUGAUGGUUCUGGACGGCCUCAACCAGUUCACCAGCAUCUUCUGUCUCACAGCGAUGAGUAUCGACCGCUACAUGGCGUUGGCUGAUCCUCUAAAGUUCGCCCGUUGGAGAACGCCUCGUUGGGCAAAGAUCGUCUCGGCGUUCCUUUGGCUGUUCUCUCUUCUGACCAUCCUACCCAUGGCGCUUCACUUCUCCUCCGAUCGAGGUUUGUGCAUUCCGGACCUCGAUUCAGACGCCUGGUGGCUCGGAGUUCUUUCCUACACCUUCGUCAUGGGGUUUGCUUUGCCUUUUACUGUCAUGACGGCUUCCUACGCGGCGCUUCUGCUAACAAUGAGGUCCCAACGGAUCCGAAUGACGACAACAACAACGCCGAACUUUGAAACCCACCGUCUGGAGUCACAGGUCACAAAAAUGGUGGUUGCAGUCGUGGUGGUUUUCGGGAUAUGUUGGCUGCCGUUUUACACCUUAAACUUCUACGCUCUGUACCAAACGGGCUUGUAUUUGACCUUCGCCAGAGCCUUUGAGUUAAUUGUGCUGCUGUCGUACUCGUGGAGCUGUGCCAACCCCAUCCUCUACGCAUGCUUUUCCGAAACUUUUCGGAGAUACUUCCGGACCCUCCUCUGCCCCGCCGCCAAAUCACCUCCCAGCAUGCAAUGCAACACUGAACGGUAUGACUUAAAUGACGCAAGUUUGACCAUUCUGGCAUAG